GAGAUACUCGGUAAUGGCGACAGGUUUGCCAGCCCAGCUGACAUGUCAUAAUAUGGUGUGGGAAGUGAAAAGUCAGUCUGUCCCUCAGAGAGUUCAGGAAGUCCAGGCUCAGAGCUCAGGUAUGGACGAGGCCUUUGACCUGCUCAAGUGCAAUGAGCACCUGCCCUCUUCACCCGGCUGCCCUGCUAAGGAGAGCCAAAUGGAGUAUGAUGACCUGCCUGAGCUGCAGGAGGUGCAGGAUGACCAGUUGGCCCCCGGCGUGUUCCAGGUGGCUCCAGGUGUGUCUCAUCACGAGGAAGGGCCCGGCAGUGACUCGCACACAAACUGGCUGACCGAACUGGCCAACAUCGCCACCAGCCCCCAAAGCCCCCUGCUCCAGAACGCCCCUCACACCCGGUCUUCUCCUGUCCACAUCUUCUCCAGCAGUAGCAGUUUACAUUCCUAUGCUAGGCCUCCUCUGUCUUCCAGCAGCGCCCCCAGCCCUGCCCGCAGCCACAUGAGAGAACGCCGCCGCACACGGGCCAGCAGUGAGUCGGAGUCGGGUGUUUUCUGUAUGUCCUCUCUGUCUGAUGAUGAUGAUCUGGGAUGGUCUCAUUCCUGGCCCUCGACUGCCUGGCACUGUUUCCUUAAAGGAACACGUCUGCGCUUCCACAAAGGCCCGAAUGUGGAGUGGCAGGAGGCGGAUGAUGUGCUGGAGUCUGAUGAAGACUCUGAUGAUGAAGGGGAAGCACAGUCCAACCCAAUGAAGAGCUACGGCUCUGAUGGUCUAAAGCUGGUCAUCUUUGAGGAGAGCGUCUCAUUUGGUCAGUCUGUCCUGAAGUUAACCUUUGACCCCGGUUCACCUGAGGCAGGACUUCUGACCGCAGAGUGCAGUUUGGACCAUCCCUUUUUUGUCAAAAAUAAAGGCUGGUCUUCUUUCUAUCCGAGCCUCACCGUUGUUCGGCAUGGGAUUCCCUGUUACGACAUGCAGGUUGGAGACUUGUGUUUGCCUCCAGGACACCGCGACGCCAUCAACUGUGACGACUCUGUUGUUUUUGAUACUUUCAAGAGUUACGACUUCACGCCUCUGGACUCGUCCGCCGUGUAUGUUUUGAGCAGCAUGGCCCGCCAGCGCCGCGCCUCUCAGUCCAGCGGGGGCGCCGUCAGUCCCGACUGUGACAAACUGGAGGCGCUCGGCUUCACGCAUCACUCCUCCAGCAGCAAAUCACAGCGCAGCCACGCCUCAGGGAGCUCUGGAGCCACGCCCACAAAGUGCAAGCGGCCAAUGAACGCCUUCAUGCUUUUUGCCAAGAAGUACAGGGUGGAGUACACACAGAUGUACCCCGGGAAAGACAACAGAGCCAUCAGCGUGAUUCUGGGCGAUAAAUGGAAGAAGAUGAAGAACGAGGAGAGGAGGAUGUACACCAUGGAAGCGAAAGCUCUGGCCGAGGAGCAGAAGCGCCUUAACCCGGACUGCUGGAAACGCAAGAGGACAAACUCGGGCCCACAGCAAAACUAGCCUGAGGAUGAUCACGGAGACAUGAACUGGACGGCGGGAGGCGGACACGACACACAUUCUCUUAAAAGAAUGAUAAACCGCAACUGUGAUGCUACACGCACUUGCUUUAGGAAAAACAAAAACAAAAAAA